GCAUUCCAUUAGUUCAGCCAAACGCCGCGCGGCGCUACGCUAUCCAUCUUGUCCCGGACGCACGCUAUACAAAGAACGCCUCAGUAUUGUAAAAAGAUCUGUGAUGUAUUGAUUAAUUCCAACGUUUUACAAACACGGGAACUGUAUUAUAACAGGAGUGCUAGCGUCCCUGUUCAGUUUAAGACGGGUUUAGUGUUGUAUUCUCUAUCGUUGAGGCCACGUCCCUUGAAUUCCACAUUUAUCGAUGGAUAGAAUCUAGUGUAAAGGGAACAUGGUGGAUCCUUGGCGAUGAAAUUGUCGAGCGAAACGGAGUUUUAUUAGUGGAACAAUGAAUAAAGUUACUAUCUAAAUAUGGUAAAGUAUGAGAAUACGGUGGUAUAGAAAAAAUAGCUUGUGUCUUCGGUCGGAUAAUGAGUUUGUGAAAUAUAAACAUUAAGAAUGGUUUCCUUAGCUUACUUCGGAAUGCGACAAGCUGCUUGGACUUUUCUCGUCCUCGUUUUUCUGAUCGAGAGUGUGAUGGGCAACUACGCCAAGUCCUUCAACAUCCACUGGAAUACCACCAACAGCAUUUUCAGAAUAGACAAUACCGACCACGUAUUCGAUCUUAAUAAAGGUAACGCUCAGUUUGAAUAUGACCAAGUGAACGUAAUGUGUCCAGUAUACGCUCCGGGUACCUUCGAGGAAGACACAGAGAAAUAUAUAAUAUACAAUGUAAGCAAAGAAGAAUACGAUACAUGUAGAAUAACCAAUCCAAACCCUCGUAUUAUAGCGAUAUGCGAUAAGCCGCACAAAUUGAUGUACUUCACGAUUACCUUCAGACCGUUCACACCACAGCCCGGUGGGUUGGAAUUCCUGCCGGGCAAAGAUUACUAUUUCAUAUCAACGUCGAGUAAAGACGAUUUGCAUAGAAGAAUCGGCGGCAGAUGUCUCAGUCACAACAUGAAGCUGGUUUUCCGCGUGUGCUGCAAACCGGAAGACCAAUCGCCGGUGCCUCCGCCGCAGCCCACCCAGCCGACACCACCGCCACCACCAACCACUCCUACCACCACCAGCACGACGACGACCAUCAAGCCUGUCACCAAAAAGACGCACAAAUACGACAAGACGCCGAACGAGGUUGUGAAGAGCGAGGAAUUGUCUUAUUCCCGUGGUGCAGCACUGGCUUCGUCGAUCGCCCUAGCUCUGGCCGCCAGCGCAGUGCUAGCGCCGCUGGCUCGGUGAAUGUGCGCUAAAGCGGUCAGACAGCCGCGUCCAGAUCUUAUAGCGAAGCCAUGUUCCGCACACACGACCCAAACACUACAGUCCCUACAAUCGCUGAACUACCCAGACUCUAUUGUAUUUACGUGAAUGUGCUACAUGUGUUGGACUAUUUUUUUUAGUGUUUUUUGGAUAAUGUGCCCCAAAAAAUGGAUUGUGGAAAAAACAAUGUAAGUAAGUGUCUGUGAUGGAGAAUGUCUGGAUUGUUUAGAGUUGUGCAAAAUUCCUAGUUAACUCCACGAUACACCCCGGACUGUUAGCCGCCGAGGGGCAUUUUGCGAGCCUAAUUUUUACUAUUGUAAACUAAAAUAUAUCUGGCCUAUUGAAUAAUCGAACUAUUAUUAUACAAAAAAAAAUAAAAUAAUGGAUAGACGAAGCAAAAGUAGAUACGAACCCAUUAAAAUAUAUACAUUAUAUAUAUAUUAUAUAAUAAUUAUUACGAUUAUUAUAAUAAAAAAAAAUAAAAAAAUCGUUAAACUGUAUUACGAUGAAGACAGUUUUCUUAAACCAUUAGGUAUAAAUUUUUUUAUAUUUUCACUAAUGCAAUGAAGGAUAAUGAAUUAGGAUUGAACAUAGGGACUUAUAUAUAUCGUGUUAGGUAGAUAUUAAUUUGAAAAGACAUUUUUUUUUUACAUAUACAUAUAUUUAUAUAUAUAUAUAAUUUCCUAACGCUUAGAUCUUAUUUAUAACGGAAACUGCGACGAGUUUAGAAUCUUGUCCUAAAAAAACUGUGAUUUUGGUUUUAUUUUAGAGUAAUGUUUCUAUGCUUUCAUUUUAUGUGAUAUGAAAUUUAAUUGUAUUUAAAAAUGCAUUUCACCUCAUAAUAUUAUUUAACUUUUCGACUGAAGCGCUUGUUUUUUUUUUUUGUUUUUUUUUUGUCUCGUUUCGUCAAGCACACUCAACAGCUUGGUGACUGUCGCUUUUUCGGCUUACACGAACCGUGAGCCGUGUAGCUUUUCAUUUGUAUUAAGAUAACAAAUAAAUCAAUUAAUCAUCGAUCCAUUGAUAUUAACGCAAUAUGGGAAAAGAUAUUUUUAUCGUUACAUAUAAAAACAUAUAUAAUUUUUUUAUCUGUGUUCGGUUUAUAAUAUCUCACAAUCUUGUAGCUUCUGUUGGAUGCUGUUCUGUUCUGGAUCUAUCAGUUUAUUAAAUUUAGAUAUAUUUAAUUUUCGAUAUUCGAGAUAUCAGAAUUAUCGAUUUUUUUUUAAACGAAUAUCGAUUCCGUAUUGCGUUAAUAUCAGAACAGUUGCACGUAUGUGCCAAGUGAAAUUGUCACUUUAAUAAAUAGUCAAAUAGUUAUAUCGUAGUUGAAAUAGACCGGUUUUCUGUUAGACAUACGCAUUUAGUGGCAGUUUAUAUAUUUUUAAAAUAGUUAUUAAGAAUACGUUGGAAUAUCCUACUGCAUUCGAACGGGCUCGGUCGAAACGCUAUGACGGGAGCAAUUAACUGUCUGAUAGUGAAAUGCACUGCAGUGUUGGGUGUGGAAAUACAGAAAAAUCUUUCGCAUAACAUAAUGGCAGAACUAAAACUAGCCGGUAAUCAUUAAUGAUGAACGAUACAGCCAUUGAACGUAGCCAAUAAGCGAGCAACAAUAUUUAUGCAACGCUAAUUGUCCUAUCUAUUUCCGAGACAAUGUUCUGGCCUUCAGACGGAACACUAUGAAAACCAUUCGUAUAUAAAAAUAGCUGUUUAAUGGUCCGUAAACCCCGCUACGUGUACGGAUGGAUCCGAAUCGUUUGAGAUCCGACAUCGUGUAUCUUAAAUCUAACAAAUUAGACAAAGAACCGACAGCAGGGCAUAAAGAAAUAACAUACAGAAAUGCUAUCAGCUAAUGCAUUGUUUUCUAAACAAUUUUUAAAAUAACAUACAACACUCAGGCCAUAUGGUGUGCGCGUCUAUUUUUAAUGGAACUAAACAGUUUUGUCUUCAAGCGGUUCUUGUUUGGUUCAAAUGUCUCUCGGAUAUUUUGAGUUAACGACCCUGAAGGGUUUAAAAGGGACAAUCGGGCUAACCUGUUGGUGUAAAACCAGGUUUCGUUCAGAUCCGAAUAUAAAAUCUCGUAGAUAGAUAAUGAUGAACAACAUAACAGCGUUUGAUAAACUGAGAUAUGUGAAGAUUGUUUAGUUUAUUGGUGAUGAGACUGAAAUUGUAUUACAUCAUACGUAAACCGCUCGGAAUGGGACUGAUGUCACAUCAAAGAAUUCCAGCAAAUUGAUAAAUGCCGCCAUUAAUAUCUUUCAGUUAACCUCUGAGUGGUGUUAAAAAUCUUGGCUGGCUAUUUCAACUAUUUCAUAUUCUGAGAAAAAUUAACAAUAUAAUUUAUAAGACACAAAAAUCUAGAGAUUAUGACGCUAUGGGGACGCAAGUUUUGUCAAAAUAUUCUCCGAAUUUGUUAAAUAAUAUGUUUCUAGAAGGACAAUAGUUCUUAACAAUUUGUCUUACAGAUAAAAGUAUUACAAUGAAAGAUUCUCUGAAGGUAACCUAAUCCGACAUAAGACGUUUUAAAUCCGGCCAUUAGCACUAUUGGGCCUAGCACUUAAAAAAAAAUUAUAACUCUGCAAAACUUCAUUGAUUACGUUGCUUAUCUCAUAUAUUCUAUUGGGAGACGGAUAACCAAUACACGAAUAACAUCAUAUCAGUUCGGAUGCUGGAUGCAGUACGAGAUUUCAACGAUGAUAAAACCAACAUUUUUCUCUUAGUGUUUCUCUCUCAUUAGUUUCGGUUAGUUGUGCUGUGUACUUAGAAUAAUGAUUAUUACUGAAAAGAAAAAAUGAUGAGGUCAUUUUCUUUUUGAAUCUCAAAAGUCCGCUAGUUUUAAAUGCAAAUGAUGAUUUUAUCAAGGAGGUCAAUCUUCAAUUCAUUAUAACAUGUCGCUUACGUUUCCAGCCAUAACUGAUGUAAAACAUUCUCGUGAUAACUAUUACUUGGAACGAAAUUAAAAAAAAAAUAGUAUUAUUUAUAAAAAAUAUGUUUAUUGCUAUGUAAUAUAAAAAUUUGUUAAUGAAUUUUUAAAUAUAACAGACGGCAUCGAUAUCGAGUAAGUUAAUGUAGUUAUUACGAGCAUUUUUUAUAUUUAUGUUAGGGUUUUAAUUCAAAUCGAUACACUAAUUUAAUCAUAGAAUGAAGAUUUUUCACAUAAUUCGAUUACUUUAUAAUGAAUGUGUUUAGUAUAUUGUAAUAUUUAUUUUUCUUGAAUUGAAGAUUGCUCAUAAUUGAUAGUUUGUAUGGAGGACGGGAGUUCCGUUUAGCUAUGGUGUUGUUAUAAAAAAAAUUAUCGCUUAACCUGUCUAGUGAUGCAAGGUAAAUGUCCUCGAAAUUGUGCCUAAAUUUUUUUUUCUUUUACGUCGUUUACCAUGAAAUUCUUGUGAGACUAUGCGUCGACUUAUUAUUGGUAAGGCCUAAUUUAUUUGCUCAUGGGAGGUUGUAUUAAAAUAGCCUGGGUUUCAUUUAGUUUUUUAGCAAAAUGUGCUCGUCCAUAUACUUUCGAGAGCAAUUGUCUUUGUAAAUUUAUGUGCGUUGCCGAUAAAUGAGAAGGUUUAUUGAAAAAACCUACAGCUGUGAGCACUUUAUUACUAUUUCUUAAUAAAAAAGCAUAUUUGAAUAAAAUUACAUUAAGCCUCCGAUAAAAAUUAAUAUUAACAAAUGUUUUUUAUCAGCCUAAUGGCAACGGAUUGAUAAAAACUGAUUAUUCAAAGUGAGUGCUAAUAAGCAAAAAAAUAAUAUAAUCCGUUUCAACACCUCGAGUACAAAAUUAAUGUCAGUUUAAAUUUGUACAUGAGAAUAAUUUGCAUUUGUUAAUUUUUUUUUUUUUUUUUUUAACAACAGGCAAAGGUCCUCAGUAUAACUUUCGUUGAAUAUUUUUUUAUUCAACAAGAGUUUGAUUUUUUAUAUAAAUAGCGUUUUCAAAGUAAAUAAAGAAAAAGAAGUUUAACAAUUUUAUCGACAUGUCUUUUAUGAUUCAAAUAGACUUAAAUGUCGUAGUGCUCAUUACAGUUUUUUUUAAAUUAUGUUAAUUUAUAGUUCAUAAAAAACUUGAUUUAUUACAGCGGCACCAGCUCAAGAGAUGUCCUAAUGAGAUUAUUGCUCUCGAAAUAAAAAAAAAAAAGAAGAUUUUUGUAAAAAGUUUGUAUAUCACAUUGGUGCUACAGAAAAAGACUUGAAAUUCAUUAUUAUUUAAGAUAAUCCUAUCCGAAAUAAGCACUUAGUUACUUACUCAAUGGACUGAUUAACAAAAAAAAAAAAAUAAUUUUUUUGUUACGCUUCUAUGUACUUAAUUUUUCUAUUUAAUUAGCCUACACGUUUCAGCUACCUCUUGUAAUUUAGGUGUAAUUUUAUAUUUACAAAAAAGAAAAAAAAAAAAACACUAGAAUAAAAACUCCUUGCGUCACUAAAGAGGUUAGGUUCUAUUCCUAAAACUGAAUCAGAAUCCUCAAUUUUCCUAAAACGAUUGUUGGUUAUUACGAAAAAAAAAAAAAACGAUUUUAAAAUAAACUUGAUAGCACAUAGGUUACGCGUUUAGUAUAUGAGUAUAUAUAUUUUUUGCAGCCGUAUUUUUAUUGCUGUUUUUUCGAGCGGCCAUAACUUUCCUGGUUUAUUCUGUAACGGGGCGGGGACAUCGCAGAACGUAGACCGUUAAUAUGUGAAUUACGUUAUAAUUAUACGUUUGAAUGUAUAGCCAUAACGUUCUUAUGUGAAAUUAUUAUAAUUUUAUAUUUAACUACGCCAUCGACUGUAUAGAGUGUAUUAAUUAUCUUUGGUUUGUAUAAUUCGUGAUCACAUCUGACGUGGCUUCCCUUUUGUGCUUAUUGGAAGGACGGAAAAAAGAACUAUUAUUGUAAAUUUUUCUAUUAUUUCGUUUUUGUAUAAAUUUUUUGUAUAAUGUCUCUGCCUGUGAAAAAAUAAAAUUGUUAAAUUGUAAAAAUAGCGGGGGGUUAGGGGGUAAUUACCUACUAAGUAAUACAGUAAGGUUGUAAAUAUGUUGUUAUUAAGAGUAGACCCUGUAGGUAUUUAUUUUAAAGAUUUCGGGCCUUUGUUAAAAUCCAAAGUUUUAAUUUAUUUUUCGACCAAUAAAUGUUGGAGAGAAA